GAACCUGAUGACUCUUGGUUUGGAAAAUUGCAAAGCAUGGAAGGAUCUUUCUUGUAUUGGACAGCUACCGAAUCUCAAGAACCUUUACGUGGGGGGAAUGCCUGCAGUGAAACAUAUAAGUCAUGAAUUAAGUACAGAGAGCAAGUUCUUGCCUAAUCUGGAAAGGCUAGUGCUGAUGGACGUGGCAUUGGAGGAACUCCCGAGUCUUGGACAACUGCCGAGUCUCAAGGUUCUUCGCAUCGAGAGAAUGCCGGCAGUGAAGAAGGUGGGCUAUGGAUUCUUUGGUUCUAGAGACCAAGACAAGUGUUUUCCUAGCUUGGAGAAGCUCAAGUUCAGGGACAUGCCAGAAUUGGAAGAGUGGUCUUGGCCUGAUGGCCGACAGCUGUUUCCCUGCUUGCGAGUUCUUGAAAUUGUACAAUGCCCGAGGCUUAAGAGGUUGCCACCCCUCCCUCCACUUGAAACAUUAAGAUUAGAUGAAGUCGGAUUGACAGAAGUUGCAGGGUUACGGGAAGGAAUCCAUGGAGACGGCAGUUGUAUAACUGCUUCUCUUUCAUCAUUGGAAAUAAGUCAAUGUCCAAAUCUAAGAAACCUGGAAGAAGGGUUGCUAUCGCACAGCUUCCCAAAUAUCGGUGACAUUGCGAUAUUGGAAUGUGCGGAACUCGUGUGGCUGCCGGUGAAGGAGUUUAAAGAACUCACCUCCCUUAAGAAAUUGUCAAUCCGCAGUUGCCCGAAGCUCUUGAGCAUGACGCGAGAUGGGGACAUUGACAUCCCCCUCCCACCCUCAAUCGAGGAACUAGUGCUGUUUGACUGUGGGAAUCUGGGAAAAUUGCUACCGGGCUGCCUGCACAACUUGACCUCACUCACUCGAUUGGAAAUAGGCGACUGCCGGUGCAUAGAGUCUCUUCCAGCAACGUCGCUGCUUCACCUGAAACGACUUCAAUAUCUGAAAUUUUGGAAAUGUGGUGAGCUGAGAUCAAAAGACGAGUUGUUGCUGAAUGAAGGGAAUAAGCAAGUGGAGGGUUCGUCGGUAACUGAAUUAUGAAUCGACGACACAGCCCUGUUCAAACUAUCGCUCUUAAGAAGGAUACUUCCAUCCGUCCGUGUUCUCACAAUCUCAAACUUUCCUCGAGCGACGAUGUCUGGUGAGGAGGAGCAGUUGCUUCGAAGCCUCACAGCUCUCAGAUGGCUAGAAUUCAAGGAUUGCAAGAAUCUACAAUCGCUACCGACAGAGUUGCAUGCCUUACCCUCCCUUUGUCUUCUAACAAUUAUUGGAUGUCCGGAGAUUCAGGCGCUACCUGAGAAGGGGCUGCCGACGUCCCUCAGGAAUCUACAUUUCGAAGGCUGCCAUCCGAGGCUGACGGAGCGGCUGGAGAAGCACUCGGCCGAGAUGAAGAGCUCGGGUCGAUUUUUGGCUGUUGACCAAUCGGAGAUACAUGAAGAUAAAAGGAGUAGCUCUGGAUAUCAUUUGAAGAACUAUUUAAGAGGAUUGUACCUUUAAUAGUAUUGUACAUUUAGAUUACUUUUUAUAUGUGCUAUUUGGAUUUGAAUGCUAUGAACUUUUAUGUGCUAUUUGGAUUUGAAUGUUAUGAAUUUUUAAGGAGUUAUUGAAUUUUUU